AUGAAGUAGCAGUUAAUAGAAUUAGAAGAUUAGAAGUAAUCUAGUUUAUAUGUAAAAAAAUAAAAACAAGAUAAUGUAGUAAUAGAUAUAGAAAAAUUGUAAAAAAAGCAAAAACAAAUUGAAUUUUCAUUAGAUAGUUCUAAAAAUGGCUUGAACCAACUAGACUCUGAUAAUUAACAGAAUACUAUGCUAUAAACACAAAAAAAUAUUGAUUCGAAAAAAAAAAUGUCCUCAAAUAGCAAUGACAGCUAAAUUAAUUAGCCUGGAAAAAAAAGCUGGGAUAGGCUUAAACUGAAAAUAGUUUGCAUUAUUCUUUUCUUUCUUCUUUCUGGUAUUGUUUUCACAGGUGUUAUGAAUUAUUUUUUAGCUAUUUUACUUUCUGAUCACAUAAGCGAAACAACUACAGAAGAAAUUGGUAAGGUGCAGAUUGAUUUUACUAGAGCUAUGGGCUUACAUUAUGGUAAUGCAUAUAUUAAUCUCAUAUAAUAAGAAACUGAUAAAAGUCAAAAAGUAUAUAAGCAGCUUUUAAGUAUUUUUAACUAAAAAAAUACGAACCCAAAUGCAGACUUUACAAAGAUUGCUGUCCAUCUAGCAUUAUUUAAUCCUUCAGCAAUGAAAGAUCCAUAGUCAAACGUAUAUAGUAGCCUAUUAAAAUACGAUUUAGGAUAGAUAAUAUGGAUUUAUCCCUAUUAACCUACUUUAACCACAAUCUUGCCAGGGUUUGACUCUUAUAUUUAUUAAAUUACAUUGGGACUGUUUGGUAUGUUAAGAGCUGUAAAAACUGAUGUUGACUUAUAUAAUAUUAACAUAGUUCUUUUUGAGGGUCCAAACUAAUUAUUAUUUUCAUUUCCUGCAUAAGCUGAUAAUCCAAGUUCACCAUUAACACAAAAUGCGCUUCUAGCUAAUGGCGCUACUAAAUAAAUCUAUUAAUUGAAUUAAUCUAGAUUUUUUUUUACUUAUCAGGUAUAAACAUUUUUGACCAAAGAAGUUAUUAUCGUAACUGACUGUAUUGCUCUGAUAUGUGGAGAACUUUAAAUUAACUAUCAAGAAUAUUGUAUUACUAAUCCUAGUGAUCCUAGAUGCUCUCAAUAUAAUCCUAGUGAUUUUUGUGGUUCAGUGUGUACUAAUUACAUAAAGUUUACAUUAAGUUUCUUACAAUCACUUUAAGGAAAAGGAAUAGAUCAUGUAUAUGUCACAUAAGUUAGCUAAAUAAAUACUCCUACAGAGCUUUACAAACCUUUAGUGUAUUUGGAUUUUUAAACUAUGUCAGUGAAAUAAAAUUUUUGGAAAACAGAAUUUAAUGUUCCUUGGUAUGACUAAUCUGCAGAUGCAUAAAAUUUCUAUAAUCAAUUCAAUAAGUUUUACUCAGAUUAUACCAACGACUAUUUAGCUACAAGCAGUUACUAGAAUGGGAAUGACUAAUAUUAAAUAUCUAUUUUUUCAAUUAAACAAAAAUUAAAUUCAGCUAUUUCAACAAAUCAAGGGAAUAUAGCAUUUACUGCAAUAACUAAAAUUCCUCAAAGCUCUUCAAUAUUUUAAUCUACUAUUACAGACAUUAAAUAAAGCAUGUCUUAGUUGCUUAUUAUUGGAAUAGUUGUGUUAAUAAUUCUCUGUGUUUUUAUAAUUUAUUACAUAUAUCAAUACUCUGAUCACGUUACUUAGCCUAUUAAUUUGUUGAAAGAUAAAGUAAAGGAAAUAGCUAAUCGCUCGUUGUAUGUGAACGUCCGAAACGAUACUGAUAAGCACUGGUAAGAAAUAGAUUAACUAUACAAGAACUUUGAUUUUUUAAAUUAAAUAAUUGUAUAUGGCGAUGAUAAAUACUAUGAUGGACUUACUGCGGAAACUCUAAUUAAAUAUUCAAAUGCUUUCCUUAUGUUUGAGAAGCUAGAUAAUAGAAAAGGUAUGGGUAUAGUACUUAAUAAUAUGGGUAAUAUCAAUAUGAAACUAGGUAGAAUAGAAGAAGCUAUCAGCUCUUACAAGCAAGCAUUUUAAUUAGCAGAGAGAGAUCUUAUGGAAUUAUUAUUAGUAGAGAAUAUAUUUUCAUUCUACAAGGUUAGACCCUUCAAUGGUUAUGAAUCUCUAAAACCAUACGACUAUACUUAUAACUACCAUUUUUAUAAUUAAUUUAAGAGUCGUAAGGAAAGCAAGGAUCCUAUUCUUGUUUGCACUGCGAAUAAACACUUAUAUGAACAAGUUAUUGCAAAUAGAUCUUAUUAGCUGGCUAGUGCAUAUUUGCAAGGGUACUACAUCAGCACAAACUAAUAAACUAAACAAGAGUAUCUUAGCAACUGCAUAGAUUAUUUGAGACUAACCGAGAGACUUGAUGGCAAAGAUAAAAGUCGUUAUAUAUUUAAUAUUCUGAAAAUCGUUCAAGCGCAUAUUGAGAAAGCUAUUUAUUACCUUUAGCAAAAUGACAAAAACAAUUAAUUUAUUAUGCUUAAGGAAGCAUUUAAGAAGCUAUACCUUGCUGAAAAUAGUCUUACGAAUUAUAGAUAAAAGUAUGAAUUGUUUAAUGAAAAUUUCAAGAAUGAUAUUCCACCAGAAAUUGUUGAGUAACACUUAAAGCUGCAAUCUGGGCUAUUCUUCAAAUAAAUAUUCUACUAUAAAAAAUCCCUUGAAUCUUUUAAUGAAUGCCUGAGAAUUGGAAGAACCUAUGAUCCAGCUGUAAGAGAAUAGUGUCUAAAAAAUAUCAAAGAGAUACUAGAAUAAGAAAAUUUAAUAGAUUAGGCUCCUGGAUUGUUAAAACUAAUUAAAAAUAAUUUUGAAAAAAAGUGGAAAGAUAUUGUAAUUAUCGCAGAUUUUUCUUAUAGUAUGAGACACAAAGUAAUAGGUAGUGAAGAAAACGAAUUGGAUGCUGAUGACACUGAUGAAGAUGAAAGUGGCAAAACAGAAAAUAAGGAAAAAAUUGGAUCAAAUAAAAAUUAGCGUUAAGCUAGGUCUUAAAAAUAUAUUGCUGUCAAGAAAUUUUUACAAAUUUUUGAUAACUAUGUGUAAAACGAUGAUAGAGUAGCAUUUAUUAAGUUUAAUGAAAAUGUGGAUGUGAUAUUUGAGUUAAAUGAAAAAGAAAAUAACACUAUUUUCUUAAGAAAUUCAAUUAAAAGCUUUUUAAAAAUUUGUCCAGAAGGAGAGUCUGCAGUAAGAUAAGCUAUUUACACAGCAAUAAAACUGUUCUAAAAAGCUGUACCUAAGGACCACUCAAAAUGGAUUGUUAUAUUCACGGAUGGUGGUGAUAGCUGUUCUAAAAUUUCAGAACCAGAAUUAAUGUAAAUGCUGAGUUAAUCUGAUGUGAAUAUAAUGAUAAUUGGUUGUGGUUUAGACAAAUAUGCGACCAAGAUUUUCAGAUAAUAUUGUGAAAAAACAAAGAACGGAAUAUUCAUAAAAACUAAUAACAAAAAAGAAGAAAUUGAUAUUGCAUUUUAAGCUAUUACAAAUAAAAUUUAUGGUAACUCUGAUCUUAAUUAUAAUGUAGAAGCUUUUAAUGCACAGUCUUGA